AUGGCGAGGCCGAGGAGGCCGAGGGCGCGGGCGCGGGAGACUGCUCCGAGGACACCGGGCACCCUGGGGCAGCGGGGCCGGCGGCUCUGCUGGGGGACCCUCCCCCGGGCGAGGGGCGGGUUCCAGAGCUUGGCGCGCUCUCGCGGACCCGGCGGCCGCACAGCCGCGGCGAGAUGGCACCGGCCGGAGGCCCCGGGGCCAAAAAGGACCACCUUUCCUAAAAUUGGAAACUGCUUUAAGGGAAAAAAAAAAAAAAAAAAAGAGGCAUCUUGGGUGAUUUUUCUUUCUUUUCUUCAGGGUAUUUUGGAACGUCUGGAGAAUGGGGAGGUUGUGGUUGGAGACGGCAGCUUUCUCCUAACUCUGGAGAAGAGGGGCUACGUGAAGGCGGGGCUCUGGACUCCAGAAGCGGUGGUGGAAUAUCCCAAUGCAGUUCGUCAACUUCACAUGGAAUUCUUGAGAGCAGGAUCAAAUGUCAUGCAGACUUUCACCUUUUCUGCCAGUGAGGACAAUAUAGAGAGCAAGUGGGAAGAUGUGAACGCCACUGCCUGUGACCUUGCCAGGGAAGUGGCUGGAAAAGGUGACGCUUUGGUGGCAGGGGGGAUCUGCCAGACAUCGGCGUACACACACCACAAGGAUGAAGCUAGAGUUAAACAACUCUUUCAACGCCAGCUAGAUGUUUUUGCCAAGAAAAAUGUGGACUUCUUGAUUGCCGAGUAUUUUGAGCAUGCCGAAGAAGCCAUGUGGGCUGUGGAAGUCUUAAAAGCGUUGGGUAAACCUGUGGCAGCUACCAUGUGCAUAGGCCCAGACGGAGACAUGCAUGGUGUAUCACCUGGAGAAUGUGCCGUUAAGCUGGUGAAGGCAGGGGCUGCAACUGUGGGCGUGAACUGCCGAUUUGGACCCAGCACCAGCUUGAAGAUGAUGAAACUCACGAAGGCGGGCCUACAGGCUGCAGGGUCGAAGGCUCAUCUGAUGGUGCAGUCCCUAGGCUUCCAUACACCGGACUGUGGCAAAGGAGGGUUUGUGGAUCUCCCAGAAUAUCCCUUUGGACUGGAGCCCAGAGCUGCAACCAGAUGGGAUAUUCAGAAAUAUGCCAGAGAGGCCUACAAACUCGGGGUCAGGUACAUUGGCGGGUGCUGUGGAUUUGAACCCUACCACAUCAGGGCGAUUGCAGAGGAGCUGGCCCCAGAAAGGGGCUUUUGGCCUCCUGCUUCUGACAAACAUGGGAGUUGGGGAAGCAGUCUCAAUAUGCACACCAAGCCCUGGAUUAGAGCCAGGGCCAGAAGGGAGUAUUGGGAAAAUCUGCUGCCAGCUUCGGGCAGACCUUUCUGUCCUUCACUGUCACAGCCGGACGUCUAAGGAGUAGUGCUGUUUCAGAAUAACAGAACAGAAGGAAGUCCCCCUCCGCCCCCGUCUGGAACUGUUCCCCGCCUUUACCCCCAGCCCACCUUGCUGUCUCCAGUUGCUGAACAGCUAAUGUGCUGCUGGCCCUUGGGUUCCGUCCAACAUACACAUCUUAUGCUCCUACUGUGGACAAACACCCAGCUGGAUGCUGCAGCAGAUGCAGAGGUGAUGGGAAAGGGCCUCUGCAUAGAGGUCCUCCAGCUCCUUACUGUCCAGUAAUGCUGUGCUACAUUCUUUGGAAGGUCAUCAAGAAUAGCAACACGUGGUGCACCUGAGUCGUUCAGUCAGUUAAGCAUCUGGUUUUGGCUCUCAUGGUUCUUGAGUUCGAGCCCCACAUCGGGCUCUCUGCUGUCAGUGCAGAGCCCGCUUCAGAUCUUCUGCCCAUCUCAAGUGUCUGUCCCUACUCCACUUGGGUUCUUUCUAUUUCAAAAAUAAACGUUAAAAAAAGAAUAAUAGCGAAACUUGUUUUUAGGGUGAAUUUGAGAUUUUAAAAUAACCAGAAGUCACUGAACACCAAACCUAUUGAUUCAUUCAGGCAACCAAGCUAGGUGCUUGAGGAAGAUGGGACAACAAUGAGUCUUCUUCUCUUACAUGAUUUGUAUGAUGACUCCAAGGGCAAUCCCAAGGAAGUGAAGCAAAAAAUGUUU